AUGCAUCACAUCGUUAGUGAAGAUGAUGUCAUUGUUGAUCCCUCCACGAUCAAAUCCAAUGCCAUAUCGUUAACUGCAAAGAUGAUCUUCGUUCUUAUAUGCGCAUGUAACAUGGUGCAGAACGCGAUUGUCGGAGGUUCAAACAAUGCGAUAAUGACAACGUUAGAAACUGGAUUCUAUAUGACAUCAACUGAAACAGGAUUAUUUCAAUCAGUGUACGAGCUUGUCGCAAUCUUUACGUAUCCACUUGUUGGUUAUUUCGGCGAUCGAAGUGGUCGAAAAGUUCGCUGGAUAUCAAUAUCGAUGGGUAUACUUGCUGGUGGUUUUCUAGUUAUGUCCUUUCCGCACUUAUUAGAAUCGAAACGUGGUAAGCCACCGCUAGAUCCGCGAAUCGUUGAUCAUCUGUCAUUAUGUAAUCCCAAUCGAACAAUCAAUGUUUGUACAAUAUCGAAUAAUUUGCGAUUUUUAAGCGAUUUGAAAUAUGUUUUCUAUCUGUCGAAUAUUAUUAACGCUUGUGGGUCGGCUGCACUGCCCACCCUAGCUGUGACGUUAAUUGAAGAUUUGUUUCCACCAGAAAAAGCACCUAUUGCCCAAGGAAUAUUUUAUGCAAUUGGCGGAAUCGGUAUUGGCCUUGGCUUUCUUGCGACAUCGCAAUUUUUGAAAGUCUACACCUAUAUCAAAAAGCCACUUUGGUUAACACCAGUCUAUUCCGAGUGGGUUGGAGCUUGGUGGUUAGUUUAUGCAUUAGGAACAUGUAUAAGUUUGAUUCUGUGUUUAUUCCUGUGCAUAUUCGACAUUGGUGAUCGUCGAAGUAAAUAUCUCAUUCAACAAAAAGACACGCAGAAUGCGUUAAAUCCAAGUUAUCUUCUGCUCUCUCCGACAAAGAGUACGGGAAAAGAAGUCAUUGCGAACAAUCGUGUGUUAUUUUCACGAACGAGCUCAUCGACAACGAAUCUAAGUUCAUCAGCGAAUGUUGUAUCAAAUGAAUACCUCGACGACGAAAUCAUUAUUCCAGCCGAUACAUCGAAUAUGACAUGUUCAACAGCAACAACUCUUACGAAACUCAAAGAGUUCCUCGACGAUGUAUUUUCACUAAUUCGACAUUUACUUUUGAACUUGCGUUUCAUGGGUAUAACAUGCUGCGCAAUCAUCGAGGCAUUACUUAUCAAAGGAUAUCUUGCGUUUCUCAGUAAACAUAUCGAAUAUCAAUUUCGAACAACAUCAUCACAUUCAAGCGUUUAUAUUGGUGUUAUUUCAUUAUUUUCAGUUAUUUUUGGCACGCCAUUAGGCGCCUUUUGCGUCAAACGAUUUGAUAUGAACGGAAGGCAAUGCGCAAAAUUCUGUUGUAUUAUUCUCGCUAUCUCAGCUGUGAUUUUUCUCGGAUUAAUGCUCCAUUGUCGUGAGCCAACUAUUGGUACAACACAUUCCAUGCCUGUUAUAUCAACGCCGUUUGAUGACGAUUUUUAUGAUGAACCUGUGAUACAAGCUGAUCCGAUCGACAAACCAUGUGAAGAAACUUGCAGAUGCGAUAUGAAUAUCUAUGAGCCGGUUUGCGAUAUGAAGAAUCGUAAAACGUAUCAAAAUCCAUGUCUAUUAGGUUGUAAAAGGAUUCUUAAAGGGCAAUACACCGACUGUUUAUGUCUGCCAAGAAAUAGUACAGUGUUUGUCGGUCGAUGUAAAGAACGUAAAUGCACUAUAAAUUUGAUGAUUACAUUAUGCGGCGCGUUCAUUGUUGUUUUCAUGUCAUGUUGCGUCAUUGUUCCCGCAUUGAAAUGUGUACUACAUAGUGUGGAACCAACACAUCGUGCAUUUUCGUUGGGAUUUAAAUCGACGAUGACGAAAACAUUCGGAUAUCUUCCUGGAACGAUUCUUUUCGGUGCAAUUAUCGAUCGAACAUGUAAAACAUGGAUACGUGGAACGUGCGGAUUCAAAUAUCAAUGUAAACAUUACAACAAUAAGCGUAUGGCCAUAUCGUUGGCCUUGCUCGGCUGUGGUUUUCGAAGUUUAUCCGCAUUGUUUUGUGCAAUAUCUUGGUAUGCUUAUAUACGAAAACCUGAUUUACAAGAAAAGAAACGAACUAGUCGACAACAUUCACAAAGUCUCAUGCCCGAGCUGACGAAGACUGUUGAUAGUUAA